AGCCCUGAGCAAGUCCUGUGGAUAUGAUUGUGUAGUAUAAUGGCAUCAUCAGCAAGGUGUGUAGUUGUGUUGCUGGCUGUGUUUGUGCGCUGCAGUAGUGCAAAUACUUGGGGAAUGCUACUACAGAAGCACCAGGCUCCAGUUGUUCAGCAGGCCCAGAAGGUGAGGCAGCAACCUCCAACCAGGCCAGUAACAUAUGACCAGCAGGCCAAGAAGCUGAAAAACCAGCCCCAGUGGCCACCUCAGUGGGUUACCCAGGGACCUGAUGCCACAACUCCUAUUGAGAAAUGCCAAGUGAAAGAGGAAGAGCGACUUACUUGUGGUGUCCCUGAUCUUACUCUUGCUCAAUGUGAGGCAAUCAACUGCUGCUUUGAUGAGUGGCGGUGCUACUAUGGGAAAGCAGUAACUGUACAGUGCACCAGAGAUGGUCAGUUUCUUGUUGUGGUGGCCAGGGAUGCCACUCUGCCCAACCUGGACCUUGAUAGCAUCAGUCUGCUUGGACCGCAAAAUGCCCUCUGUAAGCCUGUUGGCACCACUAAAGCCUUUGCCAUAUACCAGUUCCCUGUCACAGCCUGUGGCACCACUCUCAUGGAGGAAAGUGGCUAUGUAGUCUAUGAGAACAAGAUGAUAUCUUCCUAUGAAGUGGAGAUUGGACCUCGAGGCUCAAUCACUAGAGACAGCCACUUUGAGCUGCAGUUCCAGUGUAAGUACUCUGACACUGCGGUGGAGUUUUUGGUGGUUGAGGUGAAUGCUCUUCCUCCCCCUGCUCCAGUCGCUGCUACUGGACCUGUCCGAGUAGCGCUCCGGCUGGCCAGCGGACAAUGUUACAAUAAGGGAUGUGUGGAAGAAGUAGAAGCUUACAGGUCCUACUACAGUGAAGCAGACUACCCAGUUGCCAAGCUCCUGAAGGAUCCAGUGUAUGCAGAGGUUCACAUCUUGGGGAGGACCGACUCUAACCUGGUCCUGAAUCUGGACUACUGCUGGGCCACCUCCACCCCCAGUCCCCUCAGCUUGCCCAAGUGGGACCUCCUGGUUGAUGGGUGUCCGUACCAGGAUGACCGUUACCUGACCAAUGUAAUCCCUGUGGAUGGCUCCUCUGGCCUUGAGUUCCUGACCCACUACAAACGCUUCGCGGUCAAGAUGUUCACCUUUGUGGAUGCAGACACUUUGGCCCCUUUGAAGGACAGGGUCUUCAUCCACUGUAGUACAGAGGUGUGCCACCCUACUAGGACCCACUUCUGUCAACAGAGCUGCAACAGGCAAAGGAGAGAUGUGGCUGCAGUGAAUUCUGUGGCUGGCGAGACCGUGGUGUCCAGUGGGGAGCUCAUUCUGACCUGACCAUAACUACCUUCCACCUGGCAGGCCUGAAGAAAUACUUCUGAUCUACUUCAGCUUGGGAUGAAGGCCUCACUCUUUGACCUUGUAGCAUACACACAAUACAUAUUGUGACUUGUAAUCCUUUGGCUUGUUUAAUACAAUGCUUGACUUUGAAAUAUCU